UUUUUGUUUUUAAAUACGCAGAGUUCAGACAAAAUGCUAGGAGUUGAGGCAUUGCGGAACGAACGAUCAAGACUCAGACAGGAAAUAGCCGAUCUUCGAUCUGCAAUUUGCAAGAAAGAACAGAGUCUACGUGAACUGGAGGAAGCACUGGCAAAUGGUGGCGGGAAUGGAGAUGGACUUGCUGAUGAAGGCGGCGAGAGGAACACUGGAACGAUACAGACUCAACUCACCAAUGAUGACAUAGCACGCUACAGCCGGCAACUUAUUCUGCCAAAUUUUGGUGUGCAAGGCCAACUGAGGCUGAAGAAUAGUUCUGUUCUCAUAGUGGGCAUGGGUGGAUUGGGUUGUCCAGCGGCUCAGUAUCUGGCAGCUGCAGGCGUGGGCUACCUGGGCCUGAUAGACUAUGAUCAGGUGGAGCGUAGCAACUUUCAUCGUCAGACUCUUCAUACAGAGGCACGUUGUGGGAUGGCCAAGACGGAGUCUGCGAGGAUUGCGCUUCUCGAAUUAAACCCGAGUUGCAGGAUACAUUGUCAUAGCGAGUUGAUAAAUAGCCACAAUGCCUCAAACAUAAUGCGCUCCUACGAUGUGGUCCUGGACUGCAGCGACAAUGUGGCCACUAGAUACCUACUUAACGAUGCUUGUGUGAUUUUCCGCAAACCUCUAGUCUCAGGCAGUGCCCUUAAAAUGGACGGUCAGCUGACAGUCUAUAACUAUGGAGCUCAGGGGCCUUGCUAUCGUUGCAUAUAUCCGGUGCCCCCACCACCUGAGGCAGUGACCAAUUGCGGCGAUGGAGGCGUCUUGGGCGCUGUCACAGGAGUCAUUGGCAGUUUACAAGCGUUGGAGACUAUUAAAAUUAUAGUGGGUGGUCUGGGUGAAGUUCUGGCCGGACGAAUGCUUAUAUUUGACGGCACCACAGGGCAGUUCCGUAACAUUCGCAUCCGCUCUAAGCGUUCCAAUUGCCAUGCAUGCUCUUCUCAACCGCUGAUCACCGACCUCAUUGACUACGAAUUGUUUUGUGGUAUGCACGCCACUGACAAGGAUCAUCCUUUGCAGCUGCUUGAGUCCGACCAGCGCCUUGAUGUCCAAACAUACCAUGACAAACUGGAAUCCCAGCCACAUCUACUGUUCGAUGUUCGGUCAACAGCAGAAUUCGAAAUUUGCCAACUAUCCACCAAUGCGAUUAAUUUGCCUUUGGCGGAGGUUCUGGAUGAUAGUUAUCUGAAGCGUUUCGCCGUAGAGUUGCAAAACAAAGAUUUGCCCAUUAUAGUGCUUUGUCGGCGCGGUAAUGACUCACAAAUUGCCGUUCAGCAUAUGAGAAACCGCUUUCCCGACCAUUCCAUUCGUGACCUGAUUGGAGGGCUCCAUGCCUGGACUAGAAAAGUGGAUCCAGAUUUCCCCAUUUACUAAUCUGUAAUUAGUUCUAGAUUUAAGUCACUGGAACAAUGUUAAUGUAUACAUUUACAUAUAUGUUGAUUAUGAAUGCUGUUCAAUUAAUUUUGUUAAUAAAAUUACAAUUUUCAUUUCGAAUUUUU